AUGUGGGAAGCCAUGGAUGGUCAGCUUGACAAAAUACUGGUCGAAUCUAUGAAGGGAAACGCCGAAGAGAGACUCUCUUCUAUGAUGGAGGCAAUAUAUCAGUACGGGGUCGACAACUUUGGUUGUGCCAGUACGAAGCCACAGGCGGUUACAUCGAGGCUUAGUAGAAGACAGCAAGAAAUCCAUGACAUACGACACAGUGUACGAGCCCUACAGCGGCGUUGGAAGGAGGCAAGAAAGAAUAACAAUGCUAUUGAAAUGAAAGCUCUAGAUGACCUUAGAGAUGAGCAGAGAAGGAGGUUGAGAGCUCUGUCCAAGGCUGAGAAGCUUAGAAGGAAAAGGAAAGGACGGGCUAAGAAACUACAGAAAUUCUAUGAAGAUCCCUUUGCCUUCACCAAAGCUCUUUUCAACCCUGUGAGAUCUGGUGAACUGAAGGCCACUAAAGAGGAGUUACAACACCACCUGAAAAACACCUACUCUGACGGUGUGAGGAACCUACCCCUGCCUCCUAUGGAAAACUUGGUACGUCCAACUUCUCCAGGUGAAAACUUUGACAUAGACCCUCCACGCCUAUCUGAGGUAGAAAGAUUUGUUAAGAAGGCAAGGGCUGGCUCAUCCCCAGGACCUAAUGGUGUGCCAUAUAAAGUAUUUAAAUACUGUACCAGGAUGAGGAGGCUACUGUGGAGACUGUUAAGGGUACUGUGGCGAAAUAACGUGGUGCCAAAGGAAUGGAAUAAAUCUGAAGGUGUGUACAUACCUAAAGAAAAGAAUGCUGAGAGGAUAGAAUCAUUCCGUCCAAUAUCUCUCCUCAAUAUUGACGGGAAGAUCAUGAUGGGAAUCCUCGCUGGGCGGCUUUCCAAGUACCUACUCGUAAAUGGCUUUGUUGACGCAUCUGUCCAGAAGGCAGGAGUUCCAGGGUUUUCUGGCUGCGUUGAGCACUCUGCAAUGAUAUGGCACACGAUCCAAGAGGCAAAGAGGAGGAGGAUGGACCUAUCAGUUCUAUGGCUGGACUUGGCUAAUGCAUACGGUUCAUUGCCACACUCAAUGAUAUGGUUUACCUUGGACUUCUUCUACAUUCCUGAGAAACUUGGUGAUUUCCUAAAGUGUUACUUUCAGGACUUUAAGAUGAGAUUCUCUACCAAGGAAUAUACAACAGCCUACCAGCCCCUCGAGGUAGGCAUCCCGAUGGGGUGUGCCAUUUCCCCAAUUCUAUUUGUCAUGGCAAUGGAAGUCAUAACUAGAGCUGCAAGUUCCAGUUGUAGAGGUGUUGAGAUCGAACCUGGGCUUGAGCUGCCACCGAUACGAGCCUUCAUGGACGAUCUUACCCUACUCAAUCCAUGCACAGCCGAUGCACAGAAGGUUCUGGAACGGCUGGGUCAAUUGAUAAGCUGGUGCAGGAUGAAGUUCAAACCGAGGAAGUCAAGGAGUUUGACCAUGAAGAAAGGAAAGUUAGAUGAUAGGACACACUACACCGUUGGUGGUGAGGCCAUUCCAUCGAUAUCAGAUGCCCCUGUCAAGAGCUUAGGACACUGGUUCACAAAGGAGCUAUCUGAUAAGAACCAGAUAAAUGAGAUCCGAACAAUGGUAGAGGAUGGACUUAAGCGUAUCGAUAAAUGUACCCUCCCAAAUAAACUCAAGUUGUGGUGCCUAAAGUUCGGUCUCUUUCCAAGGAUCAUGUGGCCAUUGAUGAUGUACGAGAUUGCAAUGACGCAUGUCGAGAGGAUGGAGCAAAGAAUCUCAGUGCACACCCGGAAGUGGCUUGGCAUCCCUCCAUGCACAACAAACAUAAGCUUCUAUGGCCAUUCCACAAAGCUGAAGUUACCCCUGAGCGCUCUUACAGAGGAGUUUAAAGUGAAGAAGGCUCACAUGUACUCGACACUUAGGGACUCCAGCGACCAGGUCGUUAGGGGGACUGUGCCAGACAUUCGCACAGGACGCAAGUGGAAUGCCCAGCAAGAAGUUGAGGAAAUGGAAUCUCGGCUGAGGCACAAGGAUAUGGUUGGGCCUACACAAACCAAUAGAGCAGGGCUAGGCAUGAAUCCAACCCAGUACUUCUUUAAGGCAAGCACAAAAAUGAAGCGGAAGAUGGUUUCUGACGAAAUCCGUCACAAAGAGGAGGAACGACGUGUCGCUAAAGCAGUUGGCCUUGUGCAGCAGGGAGCUUGGUGUCGAUGGGAGUGUGUAGAACCAAGGUCCCUAUCCUGGAAAGACAUAUGGAAAAUGGAAUCAGGCACACUCAAAUUUUUGUUACGAGCAACCUACGACGUUCUUCCUUCUCCUCAUAACCUGAAGAAGUGGGCCAAGACUGAGAACGAGAAUUGCCAUAGAUGUGGAAAGAAGGGUUCACUCAGACACAUUCUAUCAAAUUGUCAGGUGUCUCUGGUAGAAGGCCUGUAUACAUGGAGGCACAAUGAGAUCUUGAAAGAACUGAGCAAUGCCCUAAAGAUCACUAUUGAGAAAGCAAACCAGACAAAGCCAUUAAAAGCUCCAGCGAUGAUCUCAUUUGUGAAGGCUGGAACAAGUACUGGAGCCAACAGAAAAGCUAGACAACACACAAGUAGGCUCCUUUGUCUAGCAAGAGAUUGGCAAUUGGUCUCAGACUUGGAUGAGCAGAUGACCUUUCCCAGUGAGAUUACGACUACCAACAUGCGACCAGAUAUAGUAGUCUGGUCGAAGCAGUCCAAGUCUGUCAUCCUCUGUGAACUGACUGUGCCAUGGGAGGAGAACAUUGAGACGGCCCAUGAGUACAAGACGUCAAAAUAUGCCGGACUUAUCCUAGAAUGUAAGGAGAGGGGAUGGAAGGUAGACUACUACCCAGUAGAGACUGGCUGCAGAGGUUAUGCGACAAAGUCUCUCCAUUUCUUCCUCUCAAGAAUGGGGACAACCAACAGAAGGAAGCUGGCUUUGGACUUAAUGGAGAUCGCCACAAGGUCCUCAGCCUGGAUUUGGAAUAAAUAUAAAGCCAACUUACCAAACAAGCAGCUGGAGGUGGCAUCUUGUCUUGAUGCUGCUGGCCCGCCUCCUGCCACAUAG